AUGUCAAAUAGCAAACUUUCGCAAGUAUAUCAAGUGAUAGCCCAAGAUUUGGAGGAAGUACUUGAAUCAAAUUUCUUUAAAGAAGAUAUAACAUGUGUUCUGAAGGACAUUAAAGACACUUGGGUUGAACUGUGUGUUGCUUACUUCUGGCGUAUGAGGAUUACAGUCGCUCAUAUGACUCUGAUCGGUGGUAAACUUGGGGACUGCAGUCGCUCAAGUUUAGAAAAAAUGAGCUCAUUACAAUCUCUGUUUUCUCUUUAUAAGCAAGAGUGCAUCAUAAAAUAUCAAAGAAGUAUUGCUAAAGUUACUGAUGUGGAAAUUGAUAAAAUCUUCACAACCUGUACCCAAACCCUACUACAAGCUUCGCGCGAUUUAACUCCAUUAGAAAUAACACCUAAUAAGCGACUGAUAAAUAAUAAAGAAAUUCUUCAAUACUCUGAAGAUAUAUCUGUAAUAUGCGUGUUUGAUAAGUCAGUUGCUAAGUUGACUUUAGAAAUUGGCUCAGAAUUUACAAAUAAACUUUCUUCUCUACGUGAUACUAACCCUGAAAUAUAG